CCAACCCUGGGACCUGUGACUGUUACCAACAUUACGUAGCGUUGCUGUACUCUCCCCUUAACUCUACGUGACUCAAUUUUCACUAGAACAUGUCGGAUUUCGUUGUAGACUUCUGCUGGGAUGUUUUGGAAGAUUCCCGCUUACCGUUGGUUGUCUGUACCAUAUUAGUCGGUGUCCUGACCGUCUAUGUAGGACGUAAGUUCUACACAAGGCAACAGUACAAGCGGAAAGUCCAGAGGAAGAACGAAGAAAGGCAAAAGGCUCUUCAAGACGUCUUGAAGUCCUUAGACACUGAUGAUAAGGAUGUACAGGACAAACGAAAGGAUAUCUUGACCCUGACCUUGCCUCAGCUCACCCAGCAGCUGAAAGAUGGACAGCUGUCAGCUGUACAGGUGCUGCAGGCAUACCAGGAGAAGGCUAUUGCAGUUCAUGAUGACUUAAACUGCGUGACAGAACCUAUCCCGGACGCCCUUGGUAGGGCUGAAGAGUUGGACCGCGCAGGUCAAAGGUCGGGACUGCUGUAUGGUGUGCCAGUGUCAAUCAAAGAAAACAUCGACAUCAAGGGGAUGGCGAAUACUCUGGGUCUGGUGAAGUACCUGGAAAACUACGCCGAGGAAGACUCUGUUAUCGUCCGUGUACUGAAGAAACAAGGGGCGGUGCCUUUUGUGAAGACCAACGUACCACAGACAUUGAUAGAUACGGGCUGCAGCAACCCAUUGUUUGGGACGACGUUGAACCCACGUGACCCCACCCGUAGUCCUGGCGGGUCGUCAGGAGGAGAGGCGGCGCUGAUUGGUGGAGGAGGAUCCAUCCUCGGCAUCGGGAACGACAUCGGCGGCAGUCUCCGCAUUCCCGCGCACUUCUGCGGAAUCUGCGGCUUCAAACCUACCGCUAAUAGACUGAGCAAACAGGGGUACUUCAACUGUUCUCCGGGUCAACAAGGGCUGACUGGGACGUGUGGUCCGAUGGCCCGGGACGUGGACAGUCUGGUGCUGGUGAUGAAGGCUCUACUGGUACCGGACAUGUUCCAACUGGACCCUCUGGUACCGCCUAUACCAUUUAGACAGGAGAUUUACGAGUCGAAGAAGCCCCUGAAGAUUGGCUACAUCUUAGACUGGGAGCUGAAAAUGGCGACACCGGCUCUUACAAGGGCAGUGAAGGUCAUGAAGGAUGCGCUGGAGAAAGCUGGACAUGAACUUGUGCCAUUCCAGCCCCCCAAAAGUGACAAUGCCUUCUAUGACAUCAGUCCGAAAUGUCUCCUAGCAGAUGGUGGAAAAACUAUCCGUGACCGCAUGUCUGGUGAAAUCGCGGACCCACGUCUAAAAGCUGUAAUGCCUUAUCUAACGAUGUCGUACUUCUGGCGAAAGGUUGUUGGAUUCUUACUGAAACCAAUCUCAUCUAGGUUUGCAAGAAUGCAGUCUCAUCGUCUGCUUCGGACAAUAUAUGACCUGUGGCAAAGACUGGUGGAGAGAGAGGACUACGUGCGGGAGUUCUUAGCCGCUUGGGAAGAUGCCGGCAUCGAUGUCCUAUUGUGCCAUGCCUACCCCAUACCUGCCUUUAAAUACAAGGGAGCACCUGCAUUAUUGGAACUAGCAAACUAUACAUCUAUCUUCAACCUCCUGAACUUUCCCGCCGGCGUGGUCCCCGUUACCAAGGUAACGGAGGAAGACGAUAGACUUCUCGAUGACUACACUGGAUCUGACAACGACAUUUUUGAUAGGUUUGUGCGGAAGGUUACCAAAGGUGCAGUUGGCAUGCCGGUCGCUGUGCAGUGUGUGGCGCUGCCGUGGCAGGAGGAGGCCUGCCUCAGGCUCAUGAAGGAAGUGGAGACUGUCUGUAAAAUUCAACUUUAAGCCAUAUAUAAUUCAUACGUUUGAUAAUGACUGAAGACAUCUGUAUAUGUGACACUGCUUUACAUUUGGUACCGACACCUAUAGCUGCAGUGCAAAGUGUACAACCCAGUAUUGCACUAAACAACAAAGAAUUGAAAAUAACCCAAUUCAUACGAAUGCACAAGCAUAUUCCAAUAGAAGACCUUCGUUUGAUUUAUAUAACCCUUGAUUUUAUAAUUAAGCUAUUAUGCGAAACCAUCCAAAGUCAUGACUGAAAAGACAAUAAAACACA